AGGGAAUGUGCUGAGCCUGGAAAGUGCACUCAAUGGGGCUGAGACACAGAGAGGCCUAACGAUUGGGGGAGGGAAGGGAGAGGCCUAAUGAGUUCAGCAGCAGAAAGGGCUGGAGAAAGAAACCAACAGACUUUGGAUCUGGGGGGAGAGACAAGUGCAGGCAAAGAAGAAGAGAUUACGCUAUAAAGCUACAUCUGUAUUAUAUCUGUAUUAUAUCUGUAUAUAUAUCUGUAUAUUAUAUUGCACCAACUGUCACACCAGGAGAACUGACACUGCAAGAUAUUCACCAUGGAAACCAACCCUCCUUCCCGUGAUCUGUACCGGGCGGCCAUGCUCCUGAGUGCCGCGGGGGAUGCCCUGGGUUAUAGGAACCAGCUGUGGGAAUACUGCAAAUCUGGUCCCCAAAUACACAACGAGCUGCAAGAGUUGGGGGGGCUGGGCAGUAUCAGAGCGUCUCUCCCUGAUUGGCCAGUGAGUGAUGACACAGUGCUGCAUCUGGCGACGGCUGAGAGUCUUGGGACAGGGAAGCUGCAGGAGGAUCUGUAUAUGGAACUUGCUUCUAGAUACGUAUCAGCCAUGUCCGAUAUGGAGGGGAGGAAGCCUGGACCCACCAGCAUUCUGGGGACCUCUCAGCUGCACCCAGGGGAGCCAGGAGGCUACAGGAUUCCAUUUAACCCUUCAGCCACUGGCUGUGGGGCAGCAAUGAGAGCCAUGUGUAUUGGACUGAGGUUUCCUCGGCCCUCGGAUUUGCCUCAGCUGGUUGCCGUCAGUGUGGAGAGUGGGAAAAUGACACACAAUCACCCCACAGGGUACCUGGGCUCUCUGGCUUCGGCUCUCUUCACAGCACUUUCUGUGCAAGGGGUCCCACUGGAGCUGUGGGGAUGUCGCCUGCUGGAGGCCAUACCACUGGCCCUUAAGUAUGUGCAGAGCACGGAGACCGACCCAGGGCAGCAUGUGCAAGUCUGGGAGUAUUUCCAAGAGUCCUGGAAGAGGUACCUAUCAGAGAGAGGUCUAUCACAAGGCUCAGGCCCAGCAGUCUUUCCAUCGGCUUACGGAGCUGCAGAGCGGGAUGUGGAGUAUAACAAGUGGAGUCUAGAUGGCUGGGCCGGAAGGAGUGGACAUGAUGCCCCAAUGAUAGCCUAUGAUGCACUGCUUGGGGCUGGAGAUUCAUGGGAGGAGCUGUGCAGCAGAUCAAUGUUCCAUGGAGGUGACAGUGACUCCACAGGAGUGAUCGCCGGCUGCUGUUGGGGAGCCCACUAUGGACUCUCGGGGGUACCACAGGGGAACUACAUAGAACUGGAGUACAGACAGAGACUGGAGCGUGUGGCUGAUGCUCUUCAUGCAGUGACAUGGGGAAGCUCCAACUAAAUUGCCACCUGGAUCUUGAAAUGUGUCCCAACGGCUCUUCAUUGUCCAAAAUAUAUUCCCGCCCCUCCGACCCCAAAACUAAGAAUGCGGCACCAACAAUGUAUAGCGAGUAAGGACUGAUUGUUUAUUAACCUUUAAUGUCUCACAAAGUUGCAGAAAUGUUUUAUUUGCCCUGUAAUAUACAAUAACCAAAUAAAUAGCCGUAUUUUCACAAGGCAGGAAGGGGCCCUAAAUGAACCCA